GUAAUAUAAUAAGAACGCGUCAAGCGCUGGAAAAUCGAUGUUUGCGUCGAGCGCGUUGAAUUAGUCGUCCGUGGACUGUGAUGCCGGGCAUGCAAGCGUAUGUUAUACGGCUGGGUUGAAAAGAAUAUAAAAGAUGAUGAUUAUUGAAAGAAAAAUUACUGACAGGUGAUUUUAAGCGCAGCAGCAUGAGUGGAACAGGUGUCAAGUUCGUCCAGUUAUUCCCAAGCAAAUGUAGCGCUGUUAUUUUUGCUCUUUACAUAGCUCUCUUCGUCAAUCAAGGUAUUAUUAUAAAAUGGUCUCAAGAAGGAGGUGAAUAUGAUUACAACAUUGUUAUUGUUGUUCUUAUGACAGAAGUCUUGAAAUUAGUCUGCUCAAUAAUUUUGUAUUGCAAAGAGAACACAUUAAGCAGUUUAUUUGUUGAAGUUGUGAAACAUAAAAAAGUUCUUUACUUGUACAUGGUACCAUCUUCGUUAUAUUGCCUUUAUAACAACUUAUCUUUUGUAAAUUUAGCUGCAUUUGAUCCUCCAACUUAUUAUCUACUACUGCAAUUAAGAGUUGUUAUUACUGGUUUAAUAUUUCAGUUGGUAUUCAAAAAACAGUUAUCAAGAAAACAGUGGCUAUCCUUAGUCUUAUUAACCAUAGGGUGUAUGAUCAAGAACCUUAAUCUAGACUCUAACCAUUCCUUACCAAAAGCUAGAUUCCAUAUAAAUAUAAAUAUUAUAUUCAUUCUUAUACAAACAAUAUGUUCAUGUUUAGCUGGUGUGUACAAUGAGUAUUUACUAAAAAGUGAAGGAUCUGGAGUAAAUAUUUUUGUACAGAAUGUUUUCAUGUAUGUUGAUAGUAUUUUGUGCAACAUCACAGUACUAUUUAUACAGGGAAAUUUGAUACAAGCUUUUGAUAAUGCAAGUUCUCAUAUUUUUAUGGAACCAAAAGUUUUAUUAAUAAUGUUUAACAAUGCAGCAAUAGGUAUAAUAACCAGUUUUUUUUUAAAAAAUCUUAAUUCAAUAGUAAAAACAUUUGCUAGUGCCUUAGAACUAAUUUUUUCUGCUGUUUUAUGUUGGAUAUUAUUUGAUAUUCCAAUACAUUUAAAUACUGCUAUCGCCAUAACUAUUGUUAGCUUUGCUGUCAUUAUUUAUUCUCGUAAUCCAGUUCAAAAUAAUAGAUUAAAGUCAGGUGAUAACAUAGAUGAUGAAGAAACUGAAAAGUUUAUAGAGAAACGUGAUUCACAAUUUGUGUAAAUAUUUUUAGUAGUAAGAUUUUAUACCAGUAAAAAUAUUUAUAAGAUUUUAUUAUAAUAAAAA